AUGGUCGUGGAGCUUUUUUUGAAACCUUCUAAGACUUCACCAUCGAUGCUACGCCCGAGAAGGAGCAAAGUGCCAUGCCUCCAAUGGGAACUCUUCGCCCCGUCGCAGUCCCUGGAAGCCGUGGUCUUUGGCAGCGGCCGCUACAACGAAGGCGGCAGCACCUUCAGUGGGGUCGAUCUUGGCUGGAACGCCAGCGACUGGUCCUUGACCGAAGACUCUGAUCCACUCUUCGUCGUCGCAAGCUACUCAGCUCCGCGGUCGGAAUUGCCACGUCUCCGAGACAUUGGGAGGCGACACUACGAGCGAAUUCGGGAAAAGGAGCAGCGUGGGUCCUUGCACUACCAGUGGAGUUUCUCUCAUGGAGAAGAUGGCGAGAUUCUUUUCACGGCCACGGAGUUGUAUCGAGACUUUCGAGGUUUCGACGAUCAUCUGAAAAUUUGUGAGGACCUCUUUAGCGAAUGCGAUGGGUCACGAUCUCUUCUGGGGGUGGACGUGCUGCUCGGCUGUGAAUUUUCAGUCGUCAAAAGUUGCGAGUUGGAGAAACGCAGCGACCUUGGAUGA